AUGACGAAUUUGUUUCCUUUCAUUUGCUACGUAUGUAUGUAGGUGGCCUGUACAAAUUGGAAGCGGGUACUAAUGAUCCUCACUGGCAAUUGGCAUAAUGGCACUGAUCCAUUUAAAAUACCUGGCUCUUUGGCGCACUCAGUGGGAAUGUUUCAGAAGUUCCAUUCACUCAGCGAUGAGGAACGUGCUCAAGUGCUCUCCGAAUAUACUCGGUUUAUAUUGGUCCGCCAUCCAUUGGAACGUUUGCUCUCCGCGUAUCGUAACAAAUUAGAGGGAGAGUCUGCGAGUGCACGCUAUUUUCAGUCGCGUGUUGGCCGACAGAUAGUAAAAACCUUCCGAGUCGGCGCCACAAAUCACUCCCUUGAGCAUGGAGAUGAUGUGAGUUUCCCGGAAUUUGUGCAAUACCUGCUAACGCCGGAGGUAAGUCGCACCAAUCAGUCAUACAAUGAGCACUGGGAACCUAUAUCGAAUCUCUGCAACCCCUGUGUAAUGAAGUACAAUGUAAUAGGUAAAUAUGAAACUUUAUUGGAUGAUUCAUCUUUGGCGUUGCACUUAGCGGGUGCAGAUAAUUUUACAUUUCCUACUGGUCACAAACCUUCGAGUACUCGCGCACAUUUGCGCUUGUACUUUGAGCAUUUGCCCAUAAGUGCAAUACGACGGCUUUAUGAGAUUUAUAUAGAUGAUUUUCGUAUUUUUGACUACGGACUGGAAGAUGUGCUGGGCUUCGAGUUUGGAUGAUUUAGCAUUUUCAAACAAUGACGCUUCAAAAUUAUUAUUUGUAAUGGGGCAUUUCUUAUCAAUUUAUAUGUUUUAAAAUGUUUUUAUAUAUUAGUAUGCGUAAAGUACCAAAUUUGUGGAUAAAUACUUAAGUAAAAGUGUUAUGUAGCACUAACUAGUUGUAAGUGUAAAUAAUAUGGCUGACUUCCAAAACAUCAAAUGCAUUGCAUAAGUACAAAGUUCAAUGUUCCAUAACGCCGAACCACAAAACGGAUCCGAAAAGUUAUCAAAACGUAUCGCUAGAGUAAUCAGGGCAUCACUAACAAAGUUGAUGCUUCGUUCUUGGUUACGAUUGGUGUUGUGAAGAUGGUGAAUUCCGAAAGGAUGUUCAUUGUUAUAUUGAAUAUUCAAAAUAUUCAAUGUUUAUGGUUGCAAUGUUUCGCAACUCUGCAUAUACAAACAGUUUAAAUACCACAGUAGAACAGUAUCCAACAUUUAUUUGUAUGUUUUGGAAGUCGGCCUAUAUAUCUGCAUAUAUGUAUGUGUACAAUAAGCCUUACAUGUUCAUAGUGUGUACAAUCUUAAGAUAAAUAGAAGAGUUGCAAGAAUACAAACAUUUUGGUACAUUCAUUAGCAUAUAACAUGCUACAUGCUUGUAUUUGAAUCAAAAUAGGGGUAUUUUCUAAAUCUUGCAAAGCCACUGCGCGUAGCACGGAUUGCAUGCAUUGCAUAACCUGCAACCACAAAACAACAAAAUACAUGGGAAACAACAUUUCAUAUCGCUGCAAAAUACGCAACGUCGAAAGUCAUGUAUAUAUUUUGCAAAAUAGCAUAGCAAUAUAAAUGCGACCCUGUGCUAGUGGUUUUGUUGUUGGAAUUGCUACAUAUUUCUCUCAUUCCUCUCAUCUCGCUCACUUCAUUUUUUUGCUGUCUCUUGUUAUUGUAUUUGAUACAUAAUUUCGCUGCUUGCUACCCAUGCAUGCUACCACAUUGCAAUAGGGUGCUCUCGUACUCUUCGAAAUUUGGAAUAGUAUUUUUUCAUUUCGUGCAAUCCGUGGAUCGUGCAAGACUUCGAGAAUACCCCUAAUGUGAUUAACUUGAAUUUGGUAAACCAAAGCAUAUCUAUCUAAACUCUACAGCUAUGGAUAGUGUUGGUCUAAAAUGGAUAGGUUCAUUUUGCUUUGGUAGCUUAGUUGGUUUGAUAAAUCUUUGAUAGGCAAAAAUAUUUAUUAAUAUGCAACAAAAGUUAACCUUAAGAUUUGUUUGAUUGAGAUUGCAUACUUUCUUCUUUGCAACUUUUUAUAGUAAUUCCAUAUAUGUAUAUAAUACUUCAAUAUUACUAGCACAAUAUGGCGCAAUGUGUUUUCAAUUCGAAAUCAAAAAAAGAACAGCCUAUGCCAAUUUUUGUAAUUGUAGAAGCUUACAUGUAUAUUUGUAAACUACUAGAUAGAACAAGGUACCAUAUCAUAACAAGGGCGGUACAGGGAAUUAAAUAAAUAAACAAAAAUUGUA